CGGGAGUCUUUUCCGGCAACAGUUUCACACAGAGCACCUUACAAGUUUAAAAAACGUAUAUGCUGUAACAAGCUUGUUUUAUCUCCCCUUUAUUGUUUUGAUGUAUCUUUCACUGUUUGCCGUUUUAGCUUGUUUAUCGUCAUGUCAUGGUUCAAUCGACGAGGAUGAGAAGAAAGAGAACCAUUGUGAUGUCCUGAAGCAGCUGCUUGAAUCCUCCGCUGUGGCAGUGGAGCUCAGGAAGAACGGCUUUCACAGAGAGCUGGUGACCUCUGUGGAGCUCAGCCCUGAUGAUCUCAGGUGGGUCAGAGUCCUGCUGGUUCACAGGUGGCCCAGGGGGGUCUAUGUCGAUCCGUACCAGCUUGCUUCCCUGAGUGAUCACAGGGAUUGGCAGAUAUUAAUAAAUUCAGCCAUUGACCUGGAGCUACCUGCUCAUAAGACAUCAGGAUUUAUCACCUAUGUGUAUCCUGCCCCCGAUGGACCGACUCCCAGACUGAUAAAAGUAACAAUCCCCGUUCACACUCGAUACCACAAGCCGUCAUUUGAUGGGGAAGCAUUUACAGCUGUAGAAAUAGAACCUCCAAAACUGCUGCUACGGGCUGAAAAAUGCACGCAGCUCCACAGCUUCGAGCCUCAUACAGUCGUUGAAGCUCCCUGCACUCACAAAAAUCUUAGCACAUGUGCAUGGCUUCAACUUCCUCAUCAGCAGGACCAGGGCUCUGUGAGUGUGCAGGUUCCAGUUGGAGACGAGUCUCUGGUGAUUCCUGUUUGUGCUGGAACUCUUCUCGUAACAAUGAUCUGCUGUGUAGGACUGUCCAAAUACAUGUGGACACAUCGAAUCGUUUAAACAGGGACAGUCAAUGUUUGUUGUGUUAAAUACUCAGGAACUGGAGCCGUUAGCCUCGUGGUUAUGUUGCGCACCCCAUGAACAGCAGCUAUAGUCCUCGUUGCAGUGGCCGUGGGUUCUUAACCAACCUCGGCCCUUUGCUGCAUGUCAUCCCCCACUCUCUCCUCCCAACAUUUCCCUGUCCCCCUUCAGCUGUCCUAUCCAAUAAAGGUAAAAAAUGGCCCAAAAAAAACCUCAGAAACGUCUAAUCAAAAAAGAUUUGUCGUCAUCAGGAUCAUUCUGGCAAAAUGGAAAAAGACGAAACACCCCCCCCAAAACACUGCACUGUUACUUGUACAGUUGCAUCUUAAAGCGGUCUCAUAUUUUAGUUUUUUUUCUUGCUUUAUUUGUUCUUCUCUAAUUUUUAAUGGUUUGUUUUGGUGAUUAUUAAAUAUCCUCUUAAUGUGAUUCUUUUCCCCUUUUCAUGUUUUGAUGUCUCGUGUGAAGCACUUAGAAUUGCCUUGAUGCUGAAAUGUAUAUAAAUUGGCUUUUCUGCUUUGUUAAUUGAUAGAUAUUAAAUAUAUUUUUUGUAAAAACC